UAGUAUGAAGGCUGGAAAAUGUCUCUGUCUCUACAGGAAGUGGCUUUGUGGUUCCUGUUUCUGGCUUCGUGUGUCGACUCUGUAACAAGUUCUUCUACAGAGAGACGACAGCGCGACACACACACUGCAGGACACGCACACACUACCUCAACCUGCAGAGUCACAGACCUCAGCAGAGACCUGAAGACGAGGACCGAACCGCUCAGACUCUGUCCCACAAUGCAUCUGUGUAUCCAGGGUGUUUGGUUUGCCUGCAGCAGUAGUUCGGUGUAUGAAAAAGUCUGAACGCGGUCAGAAACACCUGCCGCCGUCCGUCGCCUUCAGGAAGCUGGUUCUGUCUGACCAACAGCUGCUGAUCAGUCUUCAGUGAAGUGUUCCACCGCUCCAUCAGUACUGUUUUCAGUCCACGUGGCAUGCCGCACCCUGUCUUGGCCGCAGGGGGCGCUGUGCCGGCUCAGCGCAGAGGAUUGUGGGGCGGAGGAGGCAGCAGCUGAGCAUCAUCAUCACUGAACAGCGGGACCUGGACUCUUCUCACCGGCCUGUAUCCUGAGCUGAGAGCCCGUUUCUCCGACCUGAAGUGCCUUAACAGCGGAGGGAGAGAUGGGACACGGAGACCUGAUGGGCCAGGCGGAGGACGUGGCGGACCAGUUCCUGCGGGUCACCAAGCACUACCUGCCCCACGUGGCCCGGCUCUGCCUGGUCAGCACCUUCCUGGAGGACGGCGUCAGGAUGUGGUUCCAGUGGGGGGAGCAGAGCGAGUACAUCGACUCCGCCUGGAGCUGCGGACGCUUCCUCGCCACCGUCUUCGUCCUGCUCAACCUGCUGGGGCAGCUGGGUAAUAAAUAUAAACACAAACACAAACACACACACACGUUUGUCUUUGGACGCUGA